AUGAGAAGAAGAGGGUUUGUUAUUCAUUAUCUUCCUGCAUUUGUUAUGCUAAUUCGCAUAUUCAGCAUAGUUCAUGGGCAAUACUUUGAGGCACCUGCUAAUGAGAGAAAUAGCUCACAUAAAUCGGCAUUGUAUAUAUUAGGGGAUUCCUCGGUUGAUUGUGGAGACAACACUCUUUUCUACCCUUUACUUCACGGUCGUCUCUCUCUGUAUCCAUGUAAUGGCUCUGAUGCCACCCUUCUUCCUCAACUUCUUGCUGAGAAGAUUGGAUUGACAUCAAUACGACCAUUUUAUGGUCAAAAUGGAUCUAUGGAGGAAGUUCUUGGUGGUCUCAACUUUGGGUCAACACAGGCUACAAUAAUGAACCCGGGAAGCCACAGCCAUCAGUCUCUGAACCAACAACUACGCCAAGUUUCUGAGACUAUGCAGCUGUUGCAACUGCAGCUGAGCGAGGACGCUGCUCUCCAAUACACAAAAUCUUCCAUCUUUUUCCUCUCCUUUGGCAAAGAAGAUUACAUUGAUCUAUUCCUACAAAACUCUUCCAGCCAAAUGUUCAAGCAUGGUGCCCCAUAUUUUGCUACCAUUUUGGUCGACCAAAUGAUAAAUGCUGCGAGGUAUCUUUAUGAUGCAAAUGCGAGGAAAAUCAUAUGCUUGGGAAUAUUGCCUUUGGGAUGCACACCACGUAUAGUCUGGGAGUCGAAGAAUCACACAUCAGCCGUAGAUUAUAAUGGAAACGGUUGCGUGGAACAAGUCAAUGAGUUUGUCUUUGAAUACAAUAGAUUGAUGGAUGAACGUAUAGCCAAGCUUAAUACGGAGUUUCCUGAUGCUCAUAUGGUGUUCUGUGAUGUAUACAAGGGAAUGAUGGAGAUUAUCAACAAACCAAGGUUUUAUGGUUUUGAAGACGUAAAGAGUGCAUGUUGCGGGCUUGGUUUGAACGGUGCAAUUAUAGGGUGUAUCUCAAUGGACAUGGCCUGCGAUGAAGCUUCAACUCAUGUUUGGUGGGAUUUGCUCAACCCUACAGAAGCAGUCAAUUCCAUCCUAGCUGAUGCAGCCUGGUCUGGCCAACCAAUCCCUGGUCUUUGCAAUCCUAUCACCAUCCAUGAAUUAGUGAAAGUGAAAGUGAAAGUCUAGCUUUUAUCCCUGAGGCUU